CGCGGGCCACGGAAAGUUACCAGAGUGGUAACCGCCGGAGCUUGGCGGAGAGCCCGUCGCCAUAUCCGUAUUCCGUUACUCAGAGAAACACUGCUAGCACGUGGCGUGCGCUCGCCAGAAAUUUCGCCGCAAGUUGGUCGUACGGCGCGCCGAAAGUCUUUUCAGGGGCCUACGAACAAGGUGCACGGUUGAUCGCAGAUCCGUCGCGGCCCCGCGAAGCAUUAGUAACAUCGUAUCGGCGAAUUUCCAGUAACGGCAGCUACCGUGGACUCGCACUAUGAAUCCUCCGGUUCCUGUGCAGCUGAUGAAGUGGGCAGUCCCGGCGGUCGCCCUUGCCGUCGUUUACUAUUGGUACAAACACCGUCGGAUAGACAGAGGUGAACAGGAAUGGGAUGACACAGGAGGGACUGCGGAAUCAAAUCGCGGGGAAAAGGCGAUUUCAAAUGAGGCUGCUGCGAGCUUCCGUGAUUCCGACGUCCAAGAAAAGCUCGACCAAGGAUCCUCAAUUAGCUGCUGCAAUUACACGCGACAAGAGGAACCGACUCGCGUCCCGAGGAAGGUCAGCGAGAGCAUGGAUAUUCCGUUUAGAAAUUCAACGUCGCAAUCCACCUUCUUUAGUAGCAGCCAGAUUAGAUACGACGUGGAUAGCGUUGAGGCAACCAGCCCUAUAGACGUAGAGUUGGGCAGUAAUCCAAGUGCGAGCUACCUCGAAAUGUUCGGCACGAACGCAUCCACCAAGCGUUCCUCCAAACGUUCCUCCAGCAGGAGCAUCGGUAACGGAACGAAAACAAUUCAAGACGUCCCCAGCGGGCAAGAGCAGACUCUUCAUUGCGAGACGGAGCCGCGUGAGCAAAACGCCACGGACGAGUAUAGUCGUAAGGAGGAUGAGCAGCAAUCCGAGGGACACACCAUUGGUGCUCAGGGACAAGAGGCCGACGAGAGGGACUCGGCCAAUCAUAGCCCGGUUUCCGUAGUUCUAGACGGUAGCGUCACAGACGAAGCCGAGAGCGAAGGAAGCAACACGGAUAGCGGCAAAGAGAGAGACGCGUGCAAAGUCUCUAAAAUUUUAUUUCCUCACUCAGGCGGAAGCAUUAACGGGUAUAAGAAGGACAACACCCCGCCCAGCACGUACGAGUUCGCUAUACCGCAGCACCUAGCGGGCAGAUUGAUAGGCCGUCUCGGUUGCUUUUUACAAAGUAUCCGAACUAAGACGAAUGUCGUUAUACGUGUCAUCGAUAAUCCUUGCGAUGGUGAUCAUAAGAUUUGCUCGAUACGAGGCAGUGUUGAGGGAAUUAAAAUCGCGCUUAAAAUGAUAAGGCAGAAGUUUCCAGAGAAAAGGUUCCCGCAGGUGACACUAGCGGAUAUCUCGACGGUACCCGAGGUGAAUGUAGAAGUUGCGUACAAUGUCCUUAUACAGUGGCCCCUGUCCCUGGUUGAGGGUGUUAAUAAUGACAUCAACAUCUCUCACAUUGUCAAGCCAAACUGGCUCUUUGUUCAGCUGCCGACUCACCCAUCAUUUCCUCUUUUGCAAAAUUUAGAAGACAACAUGACAUUUUGCUAUAACAACGAACUGCUGCCAGUUCCAGAUGUGUUGAACAGAGGUGAUUACGUGGCUGUAUAUUGGUGCGACAAAUGGGUUAGAGGAUACAUUGAACGUCCAGACCCAUCAGGAGAGAGACACUUAAUACGACUACUCGAUAACGGUGGUUACUGGCCGUUUAGCAAUUCGCAAUGUAGGCCGUUGCUAUAUAAUUAUUUGAGCCUGCCCUUUCAAGCGAUUGAAGUCUUUUUAGCAAAAAUUCAGCCAAAGAACGGUAAAUGGUCGGCAGAAGCUUACAAUGUGGUACAAAGUUGUUCCUCAAAGGGAGUUGCUCAAGCACAGAUUGAAGGUCGCAUUCAAACUAAUAUUUAUACAAAUAUUUAUUUUAUGAUACAAAAUUAUGGGCUGAUUUCCCUCACUGAAGAACUGGUAAUGAACGGACACGCUGAACAAAUAGCAUGGGAGCAGAUGAAGCCAGAAACACUCGAAUCCAUCUGUACAUAAGAGUUGUAAAAAAAACUCUACAAUUUUCAGGUUUCCUACCGAAUUAUUCAUGCAUAAUCCGCGGUUCUUAGUCAGUAUGGACUAGAAUUUAGUACAAUCGUCAUUGAUAAUCCCCUUUAAUCGUGUCAAAAUUGAUUGUUUCGCUUUUGACUUCAUUCUUUACUCGUGUACUUCCUCGUAAUACUUUAUUGAAGUUACUGUGAAUACUCUGGCAUACACGUCAGCAUUUCAUGUGCAUGUCAGAGUAUUUACGUGGAUAAAGUGGUUGAUUAUCUAUAUAGAGAUAUAGUAAAAUAACGCCGUAUAUAUACAUUCUAAUAAUGAACAAUAAGACUAUAUUUCGCUGUACAGAAGCAUACAUAUUUUGAUCGUGUUUAAGUAGCAGUUAUAGUAUUCCCUCAGUCGUUGCUCAGAAAGAACGCUCUUCUGUAAGCACAAAACUCGUUUCAAGCGAGUUCUGACCAGUACAAAAGAUUUGAUUUAGUCCGAUAACGUAAGAACCUUUUUUUUUAUAACACUUCUAAUUGUAUCGGCCGUGAUAUAUUCUGUUUUUUAUUCGGGAAACUGAACUCUUUACCGAAUGUUAUUUGCAAGACAAAUAUUUCGGAUAAUUUCAUAUAAACGUUCAAAAAAAUCGCUUACCUUGUCUAAGCGCCUCGAGACUGUCGUAAAGUAAAUGCAAUCGUGCUUAACCGUUCUACAUCCUUCUUACACUUUUGUAUAUAUUGUAAAUUAGUUUUCCAGUUGUAGCAUAUUUAUAUUUAGAAGAAGAGAGAAAUUUAUAAAGAUUUGGUAUGUUGAUCAUAGAGUAGAAAAAAACAAUAACUUUACAUUUUACAGAUUAGUGUCACACCUGAACUAGAACAUUGUAUCGAAUAACUCAGACGAAUUAGGAAAUUCGUUUCUACGUGACUCAUAUCCAUUUCUGAUUGGGACGAUUCGAGAAUAUAUUGAAACUUCAGUUGUUUUUCACGUUAAUUUUAGAUCACCGUAGAGAUUUAACU